GGGCGCAUUGCCGUCAGCCGCUGUCGCCUCCGCCGCAGCAUCAGCAGCAGCAGCCCCGCCCGCGGGCCCCGGCGAGCCCGCCGCGCGCCGCCCAGUCCCCCCGACGCCGCAGCCGCUGAGCUCGGACCUCGCGCGUGCAAUGGCCUGCCCCGACGGCAGCCUUAUUGUGACGGUGGCAUCGAGCGCGCGGCUCGACCUGCUGCUCAACUGGGUGGGGGCGCUGGACGCGGCGGGGGUGCGGUGCUACCUGGUGGGGGCGACUGAUGAGAGCCUGGCCUGGGACCUGGCGGGGAGGCAGAUACCG